AUGAGCUCUCUGGUGUCCGAAUUUCUUAUUAAUCCAGUCCUUCGCCACGCUCGUCGAUUCUCGCGCUCCGAUCCUGAGACCGAUCACAUCGAUCCCGUCACGAAUCAACGGACAGCCCUCGAUAGUACCCAUGAGGAUGCCAUUGAGGACAUAGCCGAGCGCCUGGAGGCUCUGGGAGGGAGCAGAAACGGAGAACACGGCGGCGCAGAAACAAUAUCGGGCUCGGCUUUGACGUCGUCUCCGAUAGAGGAGCAUGGGGGACUCGAUGCAGAGCCUAGAGUUCUCGAAGAAAUCCGGGACCGAAGUGCGCCAUCGACAAGCAGUGGCGGGAUGCCACACAGAUCAUCAUCGCUUCGGUCAGAUCCUGGUCAAGUCGACGACGAAAUGACUGACAACCCUUCUUUUGGAAUCCCGAACCGAUUUCGAGCAAAUUCGGCCGCGAGCACCACGUUUAGUACUCGCAAUUCUACAAGUGCAAUGAGUGCCACCGACAUUCCACCCAGACGAAAUGCUCGCGAGAGAGGCCAGCCUGGGUCUGCCAGUCGUACGAAAAACAGCUCUUUACCAGAAGAUGAUGGAAUGGGCGCCCUGAGACAACAAAUUAUCCACAUACAAGCCAUGGAAAUCCCAGCGGACCAAAAGGCUCGGUUCAUGCAACAGCUCCUCACUCGACAAUACUCAGAGGCGCAAGAGAUAUUCCAUGCUAAGCAGCAGCAGCCAACUGCGCCGUCUCCUGCAAGCAUGAUCAGCCAGGAGAGACCUGUUGGGCCAGGCUCGUUGAGCUCAUUCUUGUGGCAGAUGAACGGCGACGAUGAGCUGCCGGCCACCGAUCAGCAGCAUACAUUUCACUUGUCACCAGGUGAUCUGGAACAGACCUACGCGCCUCCAGAUCCACCCGAAACCGACGAGGAUGGGAAUGUUAUUGUAAAAGACGAGGUCGAAGUCCUAGGCUGCACGCACUACAAAAGAAACGUGAAGCUGCAGUGUUCAGCGUGUGAUAAAUGGUAUACGUGCAGAUUAUGCCAUGAUGAGGCUGAGGAUCACAUACUAGAUCGCAAGGCAACCAAAAACAUGCUCUGCAUGAUAUGCUCUUGUGCGCAACGUGCUGGUGAGUUCUGCGUCAACUGUGGGGAGAGGACAGCUUGGUAUUAUUGUGGAGUCUGCAAGCUCUGGGACAACGAUGCCGACAAAAGUAUAUACCACUGUAAUGAUUGUGGUAUAUGUAGAAAAGGCCGUGGUCUCGGGAAAGAUGUGUUUCAUUGCAAGACCUGCGGUACAUGCAUGUCAAUGGCCAACGAGAAAUCCCACAAAUGCAUCGAACGAGUGUCCGAUUGCGACUGUCCCAUAUGCGGAGAAUACAUGUUUACUUCUCCUUCGCCUGUCGUUUUUAUGCUCUGUGGCCACGGCAUCCAUAGAGCCUGUUAUGACAGACACAUGAAGUCUUCAUACAAAUGUCCUAUAUGCAGCAAAAGCACGGUCAAUAUGGAAACCCAGUUCCGGAAUUUAGACCGGGCUAUCGACGCCCAGCCUAUGCCUCCUCAAUUCCGAGAUACGAAGGCCAUGGUUUCAUGCAACGACUGCUAUGCCAAAAGUGCUGUCCAGUACCACUGGCUUGGGCUGAAGUGCGCCAUCUGCGACUCCUACAAUACCGCCCAACUUUCCAUAUUAAGUGAUCCUGCUGUUGAGGUCCCACCGCUCGAAAGCCGAGAGGUCGAGACCAGUGUAACACCUGAACCGAGUAGAGACAACCUCUCGCCUCCACAGCCUAGUACUGGACUUGUCCGUCACAGGAGACAUUCUGCACAUGUUCAAGUCUCGUCAUCAUCAGGAGAAUCAGCCCGCUUCGCCCCUUAUGCCCGGCGCCCCCGCAUCGGCAGAUCCGUCUCUCCGGUAAGGGGACUUGGAUUCUUUCAUGACCCAGUAUCAUCUCAAGCUCUGGAGACGGAUGAUUCCGUUCAUGGCGAUGAUGAUUUGGAUUUCUGGGGGAGAGACGAGCCUCGGAGUGUGACCUCAGUGGAGAAUAUUGAGGAAAUGGGAGAGGAGGAAGAAUCAGACGAUGAUGAUUCGGUGAUGGGCGACUGUGACGAUGACGAUGAUGUUGACGACGAGGAUGAAUUUGAGCUUUUCGGCCACCGAUGA